UAUAAAGCUGCAGCCUGCCUCCGCACCCGUCUUACUCAAGGAGCAAAUAAAGUGGGAAAUGCUGCUCAACAAUUUGAUCUUGGCCGUGGUGGUGUUUGGUGGGGGUGGAGUGGCGGAGGUGGUGGAGGGACAAUGGGACCCCAACUACGUGGGCGGAAGACAGACCAUGGUUCAUCUCUUCGAGUGGAAGUGGAACGACAUUGCGGACGAGUGCGAACGAUUUCUGGCUCCGAUUGGAUACGCAGGCGUUCAGGUUUCUCCACCCAAUGAGAACGCGGUGAUCACGUCGCCCAAUCGGCCCUGGUGGGAAAGGUAUCAACCAGUUUCCUACAAGCUGGAGACUCGCUCGGGAACCGAGGCCGAGUUCGCGUCCAUGGUCAGCAGGUGCAACAAGGUGGGGGUCAGAAUCUAUGUGGACGCCGUUAUCAAUCACUGCACGGGGAGCGGGAAUUCUGGGGUGGGAACUGGGGGCAGCCCAUUUCGUGGGGACUCGUACUACUACCCGGGGGUGGGGUAUAAUUCCAGCCAUUUUAACAAGUACCCGGAGGACUGUCCCAAUCCGUCGGGCAGCAUUGUCAACUACGUCGACUCCUACGAAGUGCGAGACUGCGCCCUCUCCGGCCUCAGAGACUUGAAACAAGACAAUGCCUUUGUGCGAGAUAAACUCGUCGAGUUUCUCAACAGACUGAUCGACUAUGGUGUCGCAGGAUUUCGGUUUGACGCAUCUAAGCACAUGUGGCCUCAAGACUUGAACGUUAUUGUCAAACUGCUAAAAAAUCUCUCCACCGCGCACGGAUUUGAUGAAAAUUCGAGACCAUUCAUCUUCCAAGAAGUAAUCGAUUUGGGAAAUGAGCCAAUCAAAGGUUCCGAAUACUUUGAUAAUGGUUGUGUAACAGAGUUCAAAUAUGGAAAAUAUUUGGGAGAAGCUCUGCGAGGUUUCAAUCAGCUCAGAUGGCUUGUAAAUUGGGGACCGGGUUGGGGGAUGUACCCGUCGGAAAAUGCCCUCGUUUUCGUGGACAACCACGACAACCAGCGAGGUCACGGAGCCGGAGGAAGAAACAUUCUCACUUUCAGAGACGCUAAACUGUACAAAAUGGCUCAGGCUUUUACACUUGCUCACCCGUAUGGGUUCGCCAGAGUGAUGUCCUCCUACUUCUGGGAACAGAACUUUGUCCUCGGCUCCGACAAGAACGAUUGGGUUGGGCCACCGAGUACGAAUGGAUCGAUUAACACAGUGACGGUCAAUUCCGACAUGACCUGCAGCGGUGGCUGGAUAUGCGAACAUCGUUGGAGACAGAUUUAUAACAUGGCCAGAUUCAGAAAUGUGGUCGCUGGGACUGGUCUGAACAAUUGGUGGGACAAUGGGAACAAUGCGAUCGCCUUCAGCAGAGGAGACAAGGGCUUCAUCGUCAUCAGCAAUGAAGCCUUCUUCUCAGUCUACGCCGAAAUCAUGACUGGAAUGGCACCAGGUCAGUAUUGCGACGUAAUUUCUGGAAAUAAGGAAAAUGGCAAAUGCACUGGAAAAGUAAUCACUGUCGACUCGGCCGGGAAAGUGCGAGUGGCCAUUUCUAAUUAUGACUCUGACCCUGUGAUCGCAAUCCAUGCUCUGUCCAAGUUGUAAAGGAUUUCAUCAGCCAAAACCUGGACGAGACAAAGACGACAGAUCAGCGUGACAGUUUACAACAUAUUUUAACUAGUUAAGAAUAUUAUACCACACUUUUACUAUAUGCAAAAAUUACACAAGUUGUUCCAUUCAUUUUUCUAUUCUCGCAUGAAUAUGAUUCGAGCUCAAUCUGAAUAAAUAAUUCAGCAGAA